UUUCCUUGCAGACUCCAGCGAGCUGCGGCAAAAGCUUCAUCCCUCCAUCAUCAUCAUCUUCUUCUUCUUCUUCUUCUUCUGCAGCCUCCAAGCGUUUCUCUUUCUCCUUCCUCAUCUUCCUGUUCAUCGUCCUGCGGGAUGGAGAGCGACGCCUGAAGAGACGAGAAAGGAGAGCGGCGUGAUUGUCGACGGCUGGCUGCUGCACCAUGUCCUCGCCUCCGAGUGGCGAGAUUGCAGACUACCAUCUGAGUGUGGUGCGUAACCCGGCGGGCUGGGAGGUGGGCAUCUACCUGUUUGGCUUUGUGGUGCUGCUGGCCGCGGCCGGCCUGAACAUCUGGAAGCUGUGGAAGUCUGGAACCUUCCCAGCGCCGUCGCCCUUCCCCAACUUUGACUACAGAUAUCUGCAGGAAAAAUACGGAACGUCUUUCUCAGAAGUUCGACAGAAGCGAGCGGCAGCCAACAACCACCGCCGCACCUCGACGGCGUCCAGCCGCAAGCCCAGCCUGGCGGCGUGCGACACCCCGGACGCCCUCCGGGACCUGGGCCACCUGGAGCUGAUGGGCCGAGAGCUGGACCUGAGCAGCGUGGUCCAGCUCAACCGCUCCAUCUCCACCGACUCGCUCAGCUCCAUCUCGUCCAUCGCCAACAACUUCGGCCACGACUUCACCGUGGGCCAGCUGGAGGUCACGCUGGAGUUUGAGUCCUGCAGAGCGGCCGGCCUGCAGGGAGCCAGCGUGCUGCACAUCACCCUGCACCAGGGCAAGGACCUGCUGGAGAAGGAAGAGGGGGACUUCCCAGGGUGCUUCAUCAGGGUCUCUCUGGGGCCCGAGGAACUCAAUGUGGGCGUCACAAGGGUGCAGACAAACGCCUUCACUGUCAUCUUUGACGAGCGCUUCUCGGUGGCGGCGGACGUGUGCGCCCUGGAAGAAUGCAGCCUCAGAUUCGCCGCCUUUGGCAUCGACAGCGAGGAGAGGAACAUCAGUGCGGGGGUGGCAGAACUCAAGCUGUCAGACCUUGACCUGACCGUCAGACCGUUCAACGCCUGGCUCUACCUCCAGGAUGUCAAUAAGGCCGUGGAUGCGGUGGGAGAAAUCCUCUUGUCUCUCAGCUACUUGCCUACAGCAGAGCGCCUCACGGUGGUGGUGGCCAAGUGUAAGAACCUGCAGUGGACCGAGGACAAGAACACUGCAGACCCAUUCGUCAAAGUUUACCUCCUGCAAGACGGCCGCAAGAUAAGCAAGAAGAAGACGUCCACCAAGCGGGACGACACCAACCCCAUUUUCAACGAGGCCAUGAUCUUCUCCGUGCCCUCCCUCGUCCUGCAGGAGCUCUCUCUGAGGGUCACGGUGGCGGAGGCCUCAGACGACGGCCGAGGCGAGAACUUGGGUCACGUGAUCAUCGGCCCGGAGGCCAGUGGCAUGGGCAUCACCCACUGGAACCAGAUGCUGGCCACCCUGAGGAAGCCCGUGUCCAUGUGGCACCCUUUGCGCAGGAUCUAGUUGCAAGUAAAUGACCUUUGCAACGGAACAAUGGAUUGGAUUGUUGACACGUUAGAGCAGGGGUGUCCAAACUUUUUCCACACGGAAAAAUGUAAGCAUGCUGGGGCCAUUUUGAUAUUUUUCAUUUUCAAACCAUAACAAAAUAUGUGGAUUUUUUUUUUAAUCCCUAGAAAACUCCUGGGGAGCAUAGAAGGUCUCAGUCACUAAAAUGUUAAAAAUAAGUCAAAUUAUUAUUAUUAUUUUUUAAUUGAAUGCUUACAGUAAAUCUCUAUAUCAACUUGAGGUUGAUAUAAAGUAAAACAAACAAGGUUUUAUGCCUUUUCUGUCAAAGAGAACUUGUUUUUUUAUAGUAAAACUAAAAUAUGCAGUAUUUAGAUAGAUAAUCCAAUCCAAUCCAAUCCACUUUAUUUAUGUAGCACAUUUAAACAACAAUAACGUUUCCAAAGUGCUGCACAGCCAUGUUAAAAACAAUAUUAUGCUCCACCAAUGACUGAAUAAAAACAAAAAAUGAAUAAAUAUAAAACCAAUAUAAAAACAAAUAUGAUUAAAAACUAUUUUAAAGGGUAAAAUCAAUUAAAACAGUAAAAUAGAUAAAUAGAUAGUACUUUAUUGAUCCCUUCAGGAGAGUUCCUUUAUUUAACAAUUAAAGCCCUCAAAGAUCAAUAAUGCAGGACACCAUUGAUUUUAAUUAUUUCAUAUUUUUGAGUAAUCACAGUGAAAAGUUAAAUAAAAUCCUACUAAAUAUAUUUGAGAUCCGAAAGGUUCCCCACUCAUAAAGUGAUGCAUUUUUAAAAGUUUUUUUUUUUUUUACUUUUAACACGUAAAUUUCAAGAUCAACUUCCGAUAUAUCCGUCGAUUUUAAGUUUGAACUAUUAUUUUGUUUGUUUUAUGCUUUUUGGUCCAAACGUUGAUGUUUUUAUAUGGCAACCACACAACAUAGGCAAUAUUUUUUCCACAUAACAUUUUUUAAAGUGAUCACUUUUAAGUAAUAAUUCAUUAUAACAUAGAUUUGUUUGUCCUUUUAUUUUUUGAGCAAUGGAAAAAAAAAAAGAAAAAAGAGACAAAAGGAAAAAAUAAACUGCCUGCAUGGCAGCUUUGUGUCAACAUUGCCACUUUUCUCAUUACAUUUCACCUCAUUCCACUUAUUUUAAAUGUUUUAUUUAAUUUUUGCAAUACUAUCAAUUUUGCAAUUUUUGCAGAAUGUGUGGCGGGCCGGUAAAGGAUCAGCUGCGGACCGCAAAUGGCCCCCGGGCCGCACUUUGGACACCCCUGCGUUAGAGCGUACCUCAUAAAGUGUCUGGUGAACGUGGCGCCAGAGUGUGACCCCAAUUAUGGUUACUUCUUAGCACAUGUUGAUGAAUUGAUCCCUUAUUUCAACAACAAUAUUAUCUGAAAAUGUCCAAAAUGACAUUUUCUAACUUUUCAGUGAACAUUUCUUUAAAAAAACAAAAAACAAACCUUUUCCAUUUAACAUGAUUUUAUGUCUGUUUUGUAGCUGAGAAUAUUCAUGAAAAGUACAAGUAAAACCAAUGAAGUUGAGUACAAGCAGUGUGAAGAUGACUUCUUACAAGACUACAAGUAGCUUCUUGAGAAUAAAGUCGUAACAUUACGAGAAUACAUUUGAAAUAACACGUGAAAAAAAGGGAAACGUUAGGAAAAUAAAGUCGACGAAAAAUAACAUUGAUUUGGAAAAUGUCCCGAAGUAACGCAUUUGAAUAAAUAGAUUAGAUUAGAUAGUACUUUAUUUAUUCCGUCAGGAGAGUUCCUUCAGGAAAAUUACAAUAAAUAGUAUAUGAAGAAAGUUAAUUUGAUGAGAAUAAAGUGAUAAAAACAUGGGAAUAAUUUGUAACAUGUGAAAAUAGGGAAACUUUAGGAAAAUAAAGUAGAAAAAAAUAACAUUGAUUUGGAAAAUGUCCCGAAGUAACGCAUUGAAUAAAUAGUAUAUGAAGAAAGUUAAUUUGAUGAGAAUAAAGUUGUAACACUGCGAGAAUGUGUUCUUAAAUUACGUGAAAAUAGCACGUAAUAGCGUAGGAAAAUAAAGUCAAGAAAAAUAAAAUUGGUGUAGAAAAUGUCACACUGUUGCAAGAAUAACGUACUAAAUAAAUAGUGUGUGAAUAAAGUUAAUUUUAUGAGGAUACAGUUAUAAAACUAUGAGAAUAAAUUUGUAUUAUGUGAAAAUAGGGAAACUUUAGGGAAAAAAAGUCGAGAAAAAUAAACCUGAUGGAGAAAAUGUCACCUUGUUGCAAGAAUAUCAUACUAAAUAAAUAGUGAAAGUUAAUAUGAUGAGAAUGAGGUGAUAAAACUAUGGGAAUAAAUUUGUAACAUGUGAAAAUAGGGACAUUUUAGGAAAAUAAAGUAGAAAAAAAUAACAUUGACUUGGAAAAUGUCCCUAAGUAACACACUAAGUAUAUGAAGAAAGUGAAUUUGAUGAGAAUAAAGUUGUAACACUGCGAGAAUGAAUUCAUAAAUUACGUGAAAAUAGAAAAACUUAAGGAAAAUAAAAUCAAGAAAAAUAACAUUGAUGUAGAAAAUGUCACACUGUUGCAAGAAUAACGUACUAAAUAAAUAGUAUAUGAAGAAAGUUUAUUUGAUGAGGAUAAAGUUAUAAAACUAUGAGAAUAAAUUUGUAAUAUUAUGUGAAAAUAGGGAAACUUUAGGAAAGUAAAGGAGAGAAAAAUAACACUGAUGUAGAAAAUGUCACAUAGUUGCAAGAAUAUCAUACUAAAUAAAUAUUAUACGAAGGUUAAUUUGAUGAAAAUAAAGUUAUAAAACUAUGAGAAUAAAUUUGUAUUAUGUGAAAAUAGGGAAACUUUAGGAAAAAUAAGUAGAGAAAAAUAAAUCUGAUGUAGAAAAAGUCACUUUGUUGCAAGAUUAUUGUAUUAAAUAAAUAGUAUAUGAAGAAAGUUAAUUUGAUGAGAAUAAAGUUGUAACACUGCGAGAAUGUAUUCAUAAAUUACUUGAAAAUACAAAACUUUUAGGAAAAUAAAGUCGAGAAAAAUAACAUUGAUGUAGAAAAUGUCACACUGUUGCAAGAAUAACGUACUAAAAAAAUAGUGUGUGAAUAAAGUUAAUUUUAUGAGGAUACAGUUAUAAAACUAUGAGAAUAAAUUUGUAAUAUGUGAAAAUAGGGAAACUUUAGGGAAACAAAGUAGAUAAAAAUAAACCUGAUGUAGAAAAUGUCACCUAGUUGCAAGAAUAUCGUACUAAAUAAAUAUUAUACGAAGGUUAAUUUGAUGAAAAUAAAGUUAUAAAACUAUGAGAAUAAAUUUGUAUUAUGUGAAAAAAGGGAAACUUUAGGAAAAAAAGUAGAGAAGAAUAAAUCUGAUGUGGAAAAGUCACCUUGUUGCAAGAUUGUUGUAUUAAAUAAAUAGUAUAUGAAUAAAGUCGUAAAACUAUGGGAAUAAAUUUGUAACAUUUGAAAAUAGGGAAACUUUAGGAAAAAAAAGUCCAGAAAAAUAAACCUAACGGAGAAAAUGUCACCUUGUUGCAAGAAUAACGUACUAAAUAAAUAGUAUAUGAAGAAUGUUGAUUUAAUAAGAAUAAAGUUAUAAAACAAAGAGAAUACGUUUGUAAUAUUAUUUGAAAAUAGGGAAACUUUCGGAAAAUAAAGUAGAGAAAAAUAACAUUGAUUUGGAAAAUGUCCCUAAGUAACGCACUAAGUAUAUGAAGAAAGUUCAUUUGAUGAGAAUAAAGUUGUAACACUGCGAGAAUGUAUUCAUAAAUUACUUGAAAAUAGAAAAACUUUAGGAAAAUAAAGUCGAGAAAAAUAAUAUUGAUGUAGAAAAUGUCACACUGUUGCAAGAAUAACGUACUAAAUAAAUAGUGUGUGAAAAAAGCUUAUUUUAUGAGGAUAAAGUUAUAAAACUGUGAGAAUAAAUGUGUAAUAUUAUGUGAAAAUAGGGAAUCUUUAGGGAAAAAAGUAGAUAAAAAUAAACCUGAUGUAGAAAAUGUCACUUAGUUGCAAGAAUAUCGUACUAAAUAAAUAUUAUACAAAGGUUAAUUUGAUGAAAAUAAAGUUAUAAAACUAUGGGAAUAAAUUUGUAUUAUGUGAAAAUAGGGAAACUUUAGGAAAAUAAAGUAGAGAAAAAUAACAUUGAUUUGGAAAAUGUCCCUAAGUAAUACGAAAAAGUUAAUUUGAUGAGAAUAAAGUUGUAACACUGCGAGAAUGUAUUCAUAAAUUACGUGAAAAUAGAAAAACUUUAGGAAAAUAAAGCCGAGAAAAAUAACAUUGAUGUAGAAAAUGUCACACUGUUGCAAGAAUAACGUACUAAAUAAAUAGUAUAUGAAGAAAGUUUAUUUUAAAGUUAUAAAACUAUGAGAAUACAUUUGUGAUAUUAUGUGAAAAUAGGGAAACUUUAGGAAAAGAAAGUCGAGAAAAAUAACACUGAUGUAGAAAAAGUCACCUUGUUGCAAGAAUAUUGUAUUAAAUAAAUAGUAUAUGAAGAAGGUUAAUUCGAUGGAAAAAAAAAGUUAUAAAACUAGGACAAUAUGUUUGUAAUAUUAUGUGAAAAUAGGGAAACCUUAGGAAAAUAAAGCCGAGAAAAACAACACUGAUGUAGAAAAUGUCACCUUGUUGCAAGAAUAACGUACUAAAUAAAUAGUUAAUGAAAUAAGUUUAUUUAAUGAGGAUAAAGUUAUAAAACUAUGAGAAUAAAUGUGUAAUAUUAUGUGAAAAUAGGGAAACUUUAGGAAAAAAAGUCGAGAAAAAUAAUCCUGAUGUCGAAAAUGUCACUUUGUUGCAAUAAUAUCGUACUAAAUAAAUAAUAUUUGAUGACGGUUCAAUAGAAAAUAAUAAAGUUGUAAACCUAUGAGAAUAAAUUUGUAAAAUUAUGUAAAAAUAGGGAAACUUUAGCAAAAUAAAGUCAAGAAAAAUAACACUGAGGUAGAAAAUGUCACAUUCUUAUGAGAAUAAAGAACUAAAUAAAUACUGUUUGAAGAAGGUUAAUUUGAUGAGAAUAAAGCUGUAAAACCAUUAGAAUACAUUUGUAAUAUUAUGUGAAAAUAGAAAAACCUUAGGAAAAUAAAGAUGAGAAAUAUAAUGAUGUAGAAAAGGUUACAUUAUUAUGAUAAUAUUUAUUAAAUAAACAGCAUAUGAAGAAGGUCAUUUUGAUGGAAUAAAGUUAUAACACUGUUGUAAGAAUAAUGUACUAAAUAAAUAGUAUAAAAAUCAUUUUAAUUUUAAGAUAAUAAAGUUGUAAAACUUUGAAAACAAUUGUGUAAUAUUACGGGAAAAUAGGCAAACUUUAGGAAAAUAAUGACGGGAAAAUUGCAUUGAUGUGGAAAAUUUCACAAUAUUCCGAUAAUCAUGUACUAAACAAAUAGUACAUGAAGAAGGUUGAUUUGAUAGUAACAUUACAAGUUUAUAUUCUUUAUACUACGUGAAAAUAGGGGAAAGUAGAGAAAAAUAACAUUGAUUUAGAAAAAGUAACAUUAUUGCAAAAAUAACAUACUUAAAUAAAUAGUAUAUAAAAAGGUUAAUUUGAAGAAAAUGAAGUUAAAUGAUGAUAUUAUGUCAUAAAAAAAUGUAUUAUCACGAGAAAAAGCAAUAGUCACUUUACCAGAAAGUUAAUGUUCAGAGAAAACAGAUCAGAGAUUAAAGUCAUAGAACUAGAUGAUUGUUUUUUUUAGCAUUCUCAUGAUAAAAUUACUACCUUUUUGAAAAAAAAAAAAAGCUUAACAUUAACAUUAGGGUAACAUUAAAUACUUUUUUCUGUCUUCAUCUGAGUGCUUUAUCAUCGUGUUAUUACUCAACAUUCCAAACGAACCCACAUUCAGUGGUCUGGACUGGAAGAUAACACUUGAGUGUGAACCAAUGCCAAAGUCGACUCUUGGUUGAACGCGGCCCACCCUCGGCGGGCAUGAAGCCCCCCUUACCAAACUCCACCACUCACACUUGCAUGGUGCCUACUUUGCGGGUGUUUUCUUGUGAUUUAAAAAAACAAAACAAAAAAAAAAACAACGGAAAUCCAGGUACUCUCUCUCUCUUUCCAGGUGAUGUAAAUGUCAUUUCUAGCAGAUGUUACAGGGUGGCCGAUAUAAACAGACGUGAUGUUGUUCUAUUUCUACCGUCUAAAAUUGCAAUACUAGGCAUUAUUAAGAGUGUUGAAAAAAAUGUUGCACAUUUCCUUUGUGUUUUUGCCAGAUUAUAAUUGUCUUCACUGUAAAAGCCAGUGGGAAUCAUUUUAAAUGUAAAAUAGUUGAACCAGGGUUGUCCAAACUUUUUACAUUAUGUAUAAAUAUUUAAUUAAAGGACAAUAUUCCUCACGCUCCAACCAGUCCAGUAUAUGCUUUUGCUACGCUAAAUCUGUGAUGCCAUGCUAGGUUUCGUUUUAUUACAUGAAAACAUUUUGGCAGCCCGUGUCUAAAUCUAUUCAAUGGCGUAGUAUUUGAUUUAUCAUUACUUUGUUGACGCUCUGAGUGGAUGUCGUUUCACGUCCUGCUGCAUUUUAUGACUUUGUGCUGCAACUGAAUCGUUUUGGGGUUUUUCUUCCCCGAUGACACCCACACAUUGACGGGUAUUCUCACGUGCCAAAUAACCAAGCAAUAGUCUCCGUUUCCAGUCAGCGUUUGACUGCUUGACCGUGCAUGAAGCUCUUUAGCACUUAUUGUUGUGACCGCGCUCACACGCUUGUGUCAAUGCUGUUUGAAAUAAAACACAUUCAACAUGA